GUGGGUGUGGAAACGCUGGGAUAAAACACCGCCCCAAAGGCGGGGGCACCGAGAAAGCAAGGAAGUAGGAGCUGCUGAAAGAUCCCGGAGCAUCAGUGUAAAACACCAUGGAGGAGCUAAGCAAAGCAAAUUGCCUUUUCACUCUUGACCUAUUCAGAAAGCUGAUUGAAAGCAAUCAAGAUGGCAACAUCUUUUUUUCUCCAUUCAGCAUCUCUGUUGCAUUGGCCAUGGUUCACCUUGGAGCAAAGAAUAACACGGCAUCUCAGAUGGCAAAAACUCUUCAUUUUGAUCAAGUUCAAAACGUCCAUUCUAGAUUCCAGGAAAUGCAAUCGGAGAUUAACCGAGCUGAUGCUGCAUAUCUGUUGAAAGUGGCCAAUCGACUAUAUGGAGAGAAGACCUAUAGCUUCCUAGACGAAUUCUUUACAUCCUCCAUGAAAUUCUAUGGAGCAAAGAUGUCUGCAGUUGAUUUCCGAACUGCUGCAAAUGAAAUUAGGCAGGAAAUCAAUAAGUGGGUGGAAGCAGAGACUGCAAAUAAAAUCAAAGACUUGCUGGCUGAGGGCUCAGUGGACAGUGAUACUAGACUCGUGUUGGUGAAUGCUAUCUACUUCAAAGGAACCUGGGCUGAGACCUUUGAUGAACAAGACACAAGGGAAAUGCCAUUCAAACUGAAUAAGAAUGAAACUAAGCCAGUGAAAAUGAUGUACCAAAUGAAGGAGUUCUUUAUCUCACAUGUUCAAGAAUUUAAACUCCAAGUACUCGAGCUACCAUAUGUUGGUAAUGACUUGAGCAUGAUCAUCUUGUUGCCAGAUGACAUCAUGGAUGAUUCUACAGGCCUGAAACAGCUGGAGCAGGAACUUACAUUAGAAAAACUACAAGAAUGGACACAUCCAAACCAUAUGAGAAAGCUGGACGUUCAUGUUCGUCUGCCCAAAUUUAAACUGGAAGGUGACUAUGAGCUGAACUCACCCCUGUCCAGUUUAGGCAUGGGGGAUGUUUUUGAUAGUACGAGGGCCAAUCUAUCUGGAAUGUCUGCAACUCGUGACUUGUAUGUCUCCAAAGUUGCACACAAGUCUUUUGUGGAAGUGAAUGAGGAGGGAACUGAAGCAGCAGCAGCUACAGCAGUGAUGGUUGUAUUAUGUGCACGGAUGGAUGAAGAGUUUUUCACUGCUGAUCAUCCCUUCCUCUUUUUCAUCAGGCACAACAAAACAAAGAGUAUUCUGUUCUUUGGCAGGUACUCUUCUCCCUGAACAGCUCCCUAAGUAACACUACACAAUAAAACCUGAAAGCAAAAUAUGGAAAAUACAUUGGUAUUAAAUGCAAAAGAAUAAUAUUAAAGGCGAUUACAUUAAAUGACCAUA